AAAGCGCCUGAGAGGAGGGGCGCUUCCUGUUUAGCCAGAGGCAGGAGCGGCUAUGGCGGCGGCGGCGGCGAAAGGAGCAGGAGCGGCGCCCCCGCUCGCGGCAGCGGGCCCAGAUCCCGGAGCGCCGGGGCGGACGGGAGCCUGCAGAAGGCCGGCCAACAUCCUGGCCCAGCUCCGGCAUGCGCAGCUCAGUGGCCGGGGCUUGUCGCGGGGGCCGCAGCUCACAGAAGCUUUGUUAAAGGAAAGAGAUAAACAAGCAAAGUGGAAUGGAAUUCCCUUGCUCUUACAGAAGCUGUAUGAGAACAGUCAUCCCAACAGUGAUUUAUCCCAGUGCCAAGGCAUCUUAAAGGAGAUUUCUCCCCUCCUUUCAAUGGAAGCUAUGGCAUUUGUCACAGAAGAGAGAAAGUCUGCUCAAGAAUCCACUUUUCCAAAUACGUACACAUUUGACUUAUUUGGAGGAGUUGAUCUUCUAGUAGAAAUACUUAUGAGACCAACUCUUAUUACACAAAAGAAGAAGCAGAAAAUAAGUGAUGACCUCAUCAAGGAUUGUUUAAGCAUAUUGUACAACACUUGCAUAUGUACUGAAGGAGUCACAAAACGAUUGGCAGAAAGAAAUGAUUUUGUAUUGUUCUUGUUUACAUUGAUGACAAAUAAAAAGACAUUCCUGCAAACAGCCACCCUUAUAGAAGACAUCCUGGGAGUAAAAAAGGAAAUGAUUCAGUUGGAGGAUAUUCCAAACCUCUCCAGUCUAGUCUCUAGCUUUGACCAGCAGCAGCUUGCAAACUUCUGCAGGAUCCUUGCAGUUACAAUUUCAGAACUGGACACAGGCAGUGAUGACAAACAUACACUUCUUGCAAAAAAUGCUCAACAGAAAAAGAACUUGGGUCCUUCUCGGGCGGAAAUUAAUCAAGCUGCACUCCUCAAUAUACCAGGCUUCAUUGAACGACUGUGUAAACUAGCAACCAGAAAAGUUUCAGAAACAACAGGAACUUCAAGCUUCCUUCAAGAAUUGGAGGAGUGGUACACCUGGCUAGAUAAUGCACUUGUACUUGAUGCACUAAUGCGUGUAGCAGGUGAAGAGACAGAGCAAAGCAGCACAGAAUCUUCAGAUGAGAGUGGAUUUGCCUCUACUUCACCAAGGAAUCAACUUCCACAGACCAUGAAGAUUAUGCAUGAGAUUAUGUAUAAACUGGAAGUUUUGUAUGUCCUCUGUGUGCUUUUAAUGGGCAGGCAAAGGAAUCAGGUUCACAAGAUGAUUGCAGAAUUCAGAUUGAUCCCUGGCCUUAAUAAUUUGUUUGAUAAAUUGAUCUGGCGGAAGCAUUCAGCAUCAGCUCUUGUUCUGCAUGGGCAUAAUCAAAACUGUGACUGUAGCCCGGAUAUUACAUUGAAGAUUCAGUUUUUGAGGCUACUUCAGAGUUUUAGUGAUCACCAUGAGAACAAGUAUCUACUUCUAAACAGCCAAGAGCUUAAUGAACUGAGUGCAAUAUCCCUCAAAGCCAACAUCCCUGAAGUAGAGGCAGUUGUCAACACAGACAGGAAUUUAGUCUGUGAUGGGAAAAGAGGCUUGCUGACCAGACUUCUUCAGGUAAUGAAGAAAGAGCCAGCAGAAUCAUCAUUCAGGUUUUGGCAAGCCAGGGCAGUUGAAAGUUUCUUACGAGGCGCUACUUCUUAUGCAGAUCAGAUGUUCCUACUAAAGAGAGGGCUCCUAGAGCAUAUUCUCUACUGCAUUGUAGACAGUGAAUGCAAGUCACGAGAUGUGCUUCAGAGUUACUUUGAUCUUCUGGGAGAACUGAUGAAAUUCAACAUAGAUGCUUUCAAGAGGUUUAAUAAGUACAUCAAUACGGAUGAAAAGUUUCAGAUAUUUUUGAAUCAGAUCAACAGCUCACUGGUUGAUUCCAACAUGCUGGUUCGUUGUAUUACUUUGUCUCUAGAUCGAUUUGAGAGCCAGUCAGAUAUUAAAGUGGCAGAAGUCCUGUCUGAGUGCCGCCUGUUAUCCUACAUGUCACAGAUGUCCAUGAGGAUGUCUUUCCUUUUCCGGCUCAUUAAUAUUAUUCAUGUACAGACGCUCACACAGGAAAAUGUAAGUUGUCUGAACACAAGUCUAGUUAUCUUAAUGCUGGCCCGAAGGAAGGACAAACUCCCCUUCUAUCUUCAGACACUGCAAGAGAUGGAAUACACCAAGAAAUACCCUGGAUUUAUCCUGAAUAAUUUUCACAGUCUUUUGCGUUUCUGGCAACAGCAUUACCUCAAUAAGGACAAGGACAGCACCUGCUUAGAAAAUAGUUCAUGUAUUAGUUUUUCCUACUGGAAAGAGACUGUAUCUAUACUGCUUAGUCCAGACCGGACAUCACCUUGUGCCAUAGUUAGCUACAUUGACGAGGCAUACAUGGACAUGGACAGAGAUUUCGCCGAGGAGUAAUUCUUCAGGCUCUGGCUUCCAAUGGACUGUGCUUCAGAGGGAAUCUUGCAGACAAUGGAUUUUCAGGGAUAUGCUGUGUGCACAAACUUGGAACUAUGGAAUGUUACCAUGUUAAAAGUUUUCUCUCUCCAUCCCCUGCUCUCAGCACUGUUUUGAAGAGCAAGACAUCACCAACUUCCUAGUCAACAUAUUCAGGGAAUGCUUGUGUUCUGUCCGAAAUUGUCUGCAAAAAGCCCAGUCUUUUCUGCUCACUGUGGCUAGAACCCUUUGAGUUUGAUAGAUGGGAUCUUUCAGAUGUGCAGUUGUUAGCUGUGGCUUUUUAUCCUGGCUACCAGAAUUAGAUGUUAAAAGUACAGGCAAUUUUUGGGGCCAUCCAAACAAGCCGAUUUUUAUGGGCACGCCAGAUGCACACCAGCCACAUUUAAGCCACUUUUAAAAGUUUCUAUUUUUAUUGCUUUUUCCUUUGCAUUGGGAUAUAGAACUGAUUGUGUGUGUAUUUUGUUUUUGAAUUCUUGGAGAUAAUAGCUCUCUUCACUUCCUUGCAAACUACUUUGGGAUUGUCUCCUACAAAACUUGUGUCCAAACCCCUUAUUUUAUCUUGUUGUGGUAUUGCAUCCAGAAAUAUCUCUCUCCGUUCUGUGGAAAUCUCUUGUCUUCAGCUGAUUUUACAGUGGUCUAGAACAGGCAUACAUUGUGGUGAUGGGGUUAGUCUUGGGAGCCUAGCUUUGACUAGGCACUAAUGAAUUGAAAUUAACCGAUCUCCCCCCCCCCAUAAAUAUUGCAGCCUGACCAUUUUGUCAAUAAAUAACCAACUCAAGUUGAAAAUUUAUUCUGCAGUCCUGCUUUGGCUGACCAUAAAAUCCACUCUUGAACUUUUGCUAUUUGGAAACCUAACACUAUAGGCUAAAAUAGCAAAAUUAACACCUUUUAUUCCAAUUAUGUAUAUUUAUUUAUUGUUCCUGAAGUGUAAUAGUUGCUGGAAUUGGCUGAUCUUCUCCUAAUGAUACAUGUAUUAAAUGCUGCCCAGAGAUUUUGGUUUGGGACAAAUUGCUCAGCAAUAUCUGAGUUAGCUCUUGUAACUACUGGCAUUUAAACAAGUCACUUGGAAUAUAGCUAAUAUUUGAAGCCAGAAACUUUCUGGAGUGAACAUUAUUUUGCAUUACUGUGCUAAAGCACUUUAAGAAGAUUAGCAGCCCUUUAUGUCCCUCAGUUUAAAAUUACUUUGAUUGCCCCUUAAUGUGUAAAUGUAUACUUCUGGGACAUAUUCAUAUAGCACAAUAUACCCCUGAAAAGUCUUGUGUUAAAAUGCCAUGGCUAUAUGGUAUUUUCCUCUGUGAAGGAAAACCUUAAAUAUCAGAACCAGUCUUGGUUCAGAAAGGUAAUUUCCAGACAUGGAACUUAACAGUAGCUGGGAAAGCGGAGUGCUUGACUAUUCUCAUCAUCAUUACCCUGCACUUUUUGCUGCACCUUAUUUUCAGAUAGUCAUGGAAAGAACAGCUGGACUGCAGCAGGUUUGUUUACAGAUACUAUUUUAAUAUUUUUGCCUCAUAAAA